AUGGCGAAACCCGAUACUGCGGUUCCACCGAAGAUAAGAGAUUGUACCCGAUUUUAUCCUUAUUUUAAGGAUUGUGUCGGAGCUCUUGAUGGUACACAUAUUUUUGCGAUGAUAACUGGAAAGGAUACAACUAGUUAUCGUAACAGAAAAGGACAACUCUCGCAAAAUGUUUUAGCAGCAUGUAAUUUUGAUUUGGAAUUUAUAUAUGUUCUAAGUGGAUGGGAAGGCUCAGCUCAUGAUUCAAAAGUAUUACAAGAUGCUUUAACAAGAAGCACUAACAAAUUACAAGUUCCCGAAGAUAUAUUUCCUGAAGAAACUAUUGUUCAACAACAUGAUGAAGAAAGAGGUGAAGAAGAAAACGAUGAUGAAGUUUUCCAUGGUACUCAGGAACAACAAAGAGUGAAUGCUAAUAAUUGGAGAGCUAAUAUAGCAGAAACUAUGUGGGCAGAUGCUUUAAAUAUGUGA